AUGACCAGGGAAGCAGUGGCUGAUGGAAUUGAGCGACUCAUGGAGUUGAAUCCGCUUCCAGCGCUGUUCUAUUGUACGCUCGUGAUCGUAUAUAAGAAGUAUCCUUCACUUGACAGUUUUCUUGGAAAUAUUGUCCAGAAAGUGAUUGCCAAAGAUCUUUCUUCUCGCGAUGAAAUCACGCGAAAAGCAUUUUAUAGAGCGCUCAACAGUCUCAAAACCGUGGCUUAUUCUGCUAUUUUGACCAAAUUUACGAUGGAGGAGUUUGAAGAAUUUUUGGCAUACAGUAACCGUACUGAAACACUUUCGGCAUUAAAAGAGUUUUUGCCUACGCUCUCUACACAUCAGCAGAAGAACAUCAACGAAGCCAUCGUAAAUAUGAUCAAAGAUCGAGAUGAGAAGAAGGACAAAGCUAAGGAUGAAAAAGACCACGAAAAGGACAAAGAGCGAGAACGAAUACGAUUGGACCGCCGAGAUCGCGAAAGGAUGACUUUCUUCCCCAUAGAAAUGUCACGACCUCCGCCGCAACCCGUUUUUGUGCACCAUGGGUUUGUUGGAGGUGUGACGUCAUGUGCGGUUGUCAACAGCGAGGGUAAGAAGGCAAUACUAGUGGGCACUGGUGAAGGAAAAUGCGAGUUAUAUGAUGCAGAGACUCAUAUGCUGUUACGAAUUGUUUAUGGUAACUUAUGUUCAUAG